AUGCAACCUGUGACCAGUAUCGCGGAUAUUGUUGCUCAAGAUGAACAGAUGUCAAGAGCUCGAAAGCUCAAGGAGGUGAGGGUUGAGAGAAAAGAAGGUGAAGCGGGUGGUUAUACAGAGCGGAGGAAGUCAAGCAGCAGCAAUACGAGCAAUAGUUCGAAGAACGCGCCAAUUCGAAGGAGCGGCGAGAAGGCCAUCGAUGACGGAAGCUUCGACAAAACAAACGCUGUUCUUGGAAUAGUCGACCACUCCAAACUCACAAUUACCCUCUAUAUGCAGACACAAGACCCCGAUCGCCCAGAAGAGUAUAUUCGUGGGGAGAAACGCACAUACACCUAUCUCCACCAGAAUCCUGACUUCCACGACAAGAAAGACAUCAUGACCAUCAAUAAGUGGCGCCAACAGGUCUUUUCAAGGUGCCUUGGUAGGAUUGGGAAGUCCAGAGUUCCCUGGCUCAAGAGCGAGAAACAACUCGUUCUAGACCUGGUGAGACAGCAAUUUCAACGGCGAUCAAUGGUGAAGUGGAAUAAACUUGCCAAUACGUAUAAUGAGAUACAAGACGGGGUAAUGCAAGGGGUCGGGGACGACGCUGCUGCAAUCCAUCUAUCAGCCAGACGCUGGACCGAAUUUGUGGAGUUGGAAACGGCUGCAGCCAAAGCCAAAACAUCCUCCGAUGCUGACGAUGACGAUUCGAGCGAUGAAGAAGAAAAACCGGAUCCAAAUGAUGGCCCUGUGAGUUCGAGACCAACUACUCAGAGUCAGCGCGACAGAAGCAGCAACUCUGCUAUAAGUCGAAAGCGGAACUCCCGAGUCUUCGAUAGUAAUGACAUGGAUGAUGCUUUCGAUGAGUCAGUUUGGGAUGUCCCGAAAUCUCCUGCAGAUAAAGCACUUGUUCCCACCCGAUUAUCGAAGAAACGUAAGACAGCAAGCAAUUCCCACACGUCUCCUUCAUCUUCGGUUUCGAUACCAAAACUCUCUCAACCUUCUAGCAUAGUGCCUCGCCGCUCUGCUCCUAAGCUAGUAUUGCCAGCUUCUUCCAAUAUGCGGGCUGCACGACCCGGCUCGUUCCCUGUUUCACACAAAGCUGAUGACGUUGAAGCUAAUGUAUACUACGACAGUGACGGUGUCAAACUUGAAGGAGAGACCGUUGUUGUGGAAGUUAUCGAUGAGGCUGAGCUUGCUCGAAGGUCUAUCGCUCGUCGUGCCUCUCAUUUAUCAAGGAGAUGA